UCAUCAGAUCCCGCCCAGAGAUUCCCCACAAGCAUCUGGCGAUUGCUGAGGAACAAUGACAGGGGAGAGGUCUGUAUCAUUCUGGUUUGUAUUGCUCUGCAUAGCAGAGCAAUACAAAGCAACAUGCUUACAUAGUAAAACACACGCAGCACACAUAGUAAAACAGCACACAGCUAACCCUUUGAUCGCCCCAGAUGUUAAGCCCUUCCAGCCCAGUGUCAUUAGCACAGUAUCAGUGCUUUUUAUUAGCACUGAUCACUGUUUUAGUGUCACUGGGGAUGUCAGUUGAAGUUAGUCAGUUCCCACCCCCCCAGUUUCAGAAUGCCUGCAUUUCUGCUAUAA